AUGGAGCGACUAGACCGGGUGAAAGCCCAACAAGCUGAAACUAUGGAGUUCAUUGAAGGACUUCUCCGACAGAAUGUGAAGCUGGCUGCAGAAGUGGACGAGAAGACUUUGGAUUUGGAUACUAUGAAAACGUCGUGCCGUGCGACACAGAGAGAGCUAAACAUGAUCCAAUCUAAACUUCACGGAAUUCGCAAAAAUAGAUAUGUAAUUGUUUUGAUAGACGGUGAUGGCAUGAUAUUCAAAGACAAUCUUCUAGCCCAGGGAAAAGCUGGUGGAACUGAGGCAGGAAGACUUCUCCUCCAGGAAAUUACAAAAGAGGUCCAAUCUGAAUUUCCGGACGAAUCGAUUGAUGUUCACGUUAAGGUUUUCGCCAAUCUUCAUAAACUGGCUACAGUCCUCCAUGUUGCAGAUCGUGUUAAGGAGACUAAGCAGUUUAAAGAUUUUACUCUGGGUUUUACUCAGUGUAAAGAACAUUUUUAUUUCAUCGAUGUAGGUGAUGGGAAGGAAAUGGUUGAUAGUCGAGUUAGGGCUGAGCUCACAUGGAAUCUGGACAACUAUAACUGCGUUAAAGUUAUUCUUGGUGCAUCUCACGAUAACGGCUAUGCCCGAACUCUGAGCUCUGUCUACUCUGAUGGAAACACUGAGAAGGUCCUCUUAAUAGAAGGAACGCCCUUUGCGAGCGAAGUCAGACAACUCCAGUUCCCGAGUACAAAAUACACUCACAUCUUCGAAUCUCAAAAGCUCGAAGUCCCACCAAGGCCAACAUCAUCAAAAUCUACUGACUCCCCUACGCGGGGCAUGGGUUCAUAUGUCCAAGUUGCUACCAACAGUGUCACUACUACCAAUACCACUACCAAAGUUACCGGGUCAUAUGCAACUGUUGCGGUAUCAAAUAAUAAUUAUUCAGCACCGGCCUUUGUGAAACCAAAGACUCUGUUCAUUGGCUCAUCCUCAUCGAAGAAUUCGAAACUGAUUCCGCCAGUCCAUCAUCAGGCUGCGCUCGCACGCCUCAAGACCCUGCAACCACCCCCGUGUAACGAUCAUUACUUGGUCGGCGCGUGCUGGAAAGAAUCUUGCUUCUUCUCCCACAGACAUGAACUGAAUCAUGUCGAGAUCCAGGCAAUGAGAAGCAGGGUUGGAUUGACUCGUUGCGAGUUCGGCCAGGGAUGCAUUAAUGAGGAGUGCUAUCGGGGUCAUGCUUGCCAGAGUGUUCGCGGUGGAAAAUGUGUUCGCCCGAACUGUCCCUUCUUGGAUAAUGAACACCCUCCUGGAGCGGUUUGA